CGUCCAUCCACUCCCUGUGUUCGUCGUAUGUAAUACUUAAAUGUUUGGACGUCACAGGAUCACUGCUCCUUCUUCCUAUCCUACUCUAUCAUUUACGUCGUCUCUCGUUAUUUGCUAUUUGUACCCGUAACCCGCCUCGCCAACUGUCGGUGAACACAGUGUCUUCGAGUCUCGCUCAUUGCACAUCCAGAGAUCAAACGACACUUGACCAAACAGCUCACUAUGGCUCCUCACGCCGAGCCUGAGGCGGUCACAGACACGUCGUCCUUCGUGCUGAACGACCCUGUGCUCGCCAACGGCGAAACACAUGCGGUCUUUACCAUCGACCAUGUGCUGCCCCAUCGCCAGAAGACGGGACCUCCUCCAACGACGGUGGCUGCCUUUUCGAGUGCGGACAUGUUCAAAAGUAAACGGUGCUUCAAAAAGCCAGCGGCCAAGCGAUGGGAUCACCGUCUCUCUGCCGAGAGCAAGGCGCGACAAGCUUCCUCGUUGAAGGGUGCCAUGAAGUAUUUCCGGCCCGAUACCAUCAGCCUCUGCGGCGGAUUACCUUCGAGCGACUAUUUCCCCUUUGAGGAGCUCAGCGCAAAACUCCCCGUCUCGCCUGAAUUCUCGGAAGCCGAGACACACGCGUCGGGGCGCAUCUUCUCGUCCGGCAAGCACGACGCCCGGCAGGGGAAAUCGCUCCUCGAUCUCUCGAUCGCGCUCAAUUACGGCCAGUCGAUGGGCCCGGGCGCGCUGGUCCGCUUCGUCACCGAGCACACGGAAAUCGUCCACGAUCCGCCGUACGCGGACUGGGAUAUCUGCAUGACGGCCGGCAGCACCUCAGCGCUGGAGAUGGCGCUCCGGAUGUUCGCGGAGAAAGGCCACUACGUCAUCACCGAGGAGUAUACGUUCAGCACGGCCAUUGAAACAGUGGCUCCGCUGGGGUGCAAAAUGCUGGGGAUCAAGAUGGACGCGGAUGGGAUGCUUCCGGACGACCUGGACCACAUUCUGUCCACCUGGGAUGAAAGUGCGAGGAGAGCCCCGAAGCCGUUUCUCGUCUACACGGUACCGACGGGACAAAAUCCGACGGCGAGCACCCAAUCGCUGGAGCGCCGGAAACAAAUCUACGCGGUGGCGGAGAAACACGACCUCUACAUCCUCGAAGACGAGCCUUACUAUUUUCUCCAGAUGGAGCCCUUUGUCUCGGGCCAGACGCACAACGUGCCGAAACCGUUCGAACCGGUGCCCGUGGCAGACUUUCUCAAAAACCUCGUCCCGUCGUUCCUCUCGCUCGACACCUCGGGCCGCGUCCUCCGCCUCGACUCCUUCUCCAAGAUCAUCGCCCCGGGCAGCCGGUGCGGGUGGGUGACAGGCUCGAAGCAGGUGAUUGAACGCUUCAUCCGGCACAACGAGGUCAGCGCGCAGAACCCCGCGGGCUUCGCCAUGGUGCACCUGUACCACCUGCUCGAGGAGAACUGGGGCCACCGGGGGUUUCUGGAGUGGCUCAUGUUCAUCCGCGCCGAGUACACGCGGCGCCGGGACAUCAUUGUGAACGCGUGCGAACAGCACCUCCCCACCCAGAUAUGCAGCUGGGUCCCGCCCAAGGCGGGCAUGUUCCACUGGAUCAACAUCGACGUGACCAAGCAUCCGCUGUACAAGUCCCGGUGCGGUUCUGUGGGGCAGGUCGACUACGCGACCUUGGUGGAGAUCGAGGACGCCGUCUUCCUCGCGGCGGCCGACCAGUCGGUCCUCAUCGCCAAGGGCUCGUGGUUCCGGGCCCAGCGCGGCAGCGACACCGAGCUGUUCUGCCGCACGACCUUUGCGGCGGCCCCGGCCGAGAAGAUUGUCGAAGCCAUCAGCAGGGUCGGCGCGGCCAUCAGGAAGGAGUUCGGCUUGCAAGAGCCCGAAGGGACCCAGCAGAAUGGCCACGCGAGGUGAGGGGAUUGCUUGGCUCUUGUUUUUGUGUAUGCAAAGGUUUUACCACGCAGGGGGACGGAUCCCUCUCUCCAAUGCCUCACCCGUUGUAUCUUCUCUGGCGCACGACGACCCCAAACAGCCCGCGAAGAGGACCACGACUUGGGACGAAAAUGCAAGGUCAUGAUGUGCCGGUCCGAGAAAUCCGGCGUCCUGGUGCGCCGUGCACCGUUCAACCCUGAACGGUGCUCAUUUCCCAUUUUCAUACCUUUGGCCUUCAUAUCAGCGUGGUUGGUGGUGGUGGUGGUGGUGGUGGUGGUGUGGUCCAACGACGCGAUGCAUAGAAUGUUUGGCACAGCUCAUAGACCGUCUAGCAGUGGAGGAGCGGCGUUGGGCCUUGCCUUUAGACCCUAGAAACCAUUGGAAUAUAUCGCGUCGACGCCAGGCUUGGAUUCGAGAUGCGGACGCUGGACUCUGGACACUGGACAUUGGCGGGACGUCCAGGCAGGUCAAGGGAUAGGUAGGGAGGAAGGGAGGAGGCAGGCAUGGUCUGGUCUGGUUGUUGAUUCCACAGGCACAGCACAGGCAUAUGGGGACGAAGGUGGUCUGAAUCAAUCUCCAGCGCGAUCUUGAAGCAAUCAAUCAAUCCCAUUUCUCUAUCUCACUGAUUGAGCGCCCCCAACGUAAGACCGGACGACCUCCCUCCCCC